CUCAGCCCCAAAAGAGGCCGUUAAGAGAGAGAGAGAGAGAGAAUCAUUCAAUCUCCAAAGGUACUCUCUCUUUUCCUCUUUUCAAUCUGACAUUCUUGCUCGAUUUAAUUCGCAAUCUUCUUGCCCGAUUGAAUCUAUAUUGAAAAAUGGCCGAAGGUGAGGAUAUUCAACCUCUUGUUUGCGACAAUGGAACAGGAAUGGUCAAGGCUGGGUUUGCUGGAGAUGAUGCUCCAAGGGCUGUGUUCCCUAGCAUUGUUGGUCGUCCUCGACACACAGGUGUGAUGGUUGGUAUGGGCCAAAAAGAUGCCUAUGUUGGGGAUGAGGCUCAGUCCAAGCGUGGUAUUUUAACUCUGAAAUACCCUAUUGAGCAUGGUAUUGUUAGUAACUGGGAUGACAUGGAGAAGAUCUGGCACCACACAUUCUACAACGAGCUCCGAGUUGCACCAGAGGAGCAUCCAGUUCUUCUCACUGAAGCUCCUCUUAACCCUAAGGCCAACCGUGAGAAAAUGACUCAAAUUAUGUUUGAGACCUUCAACACUCCUGCUAUGUAUGUUGCCAUCCAGGCUGUUCUCUCCCUGUACGCCAGCGGUCGCACAACUGGUAUUGUUCUGGACUCUGGGGAUGGUGUGAGUCACACAGUUCCCAUCUAUGAAGGCUAUGCUCUCCCACAUGCCAUCCUGCGUCUUGAUUUGGCUGGCCGCGAUCUCACAGAUGCCCUUAUGAAAAUCUUAACUGAGCGUGGUUACUCAUUUACCACCACUGCCGAGCGGGAAAUUGUGAGGGACAUGAAGGAAAAACUGGCUUACAUCGCUCUUGAUUAUGAACAAGAACUAGAAACGGCAAAGACCAGCUCUGCCGUGGAGAAGAGCUAUGAGCUGCCUGAUGGGCAAGUGAUCACCAUUGGAGCCGAGCGAUUCCGCUGCCCCGAAGUUCUUUUCCAACCAUCCAUGAUCGGGAUGGAAGCUUCUGGCAUCCACGAAACUACAUACAACUCCAUCAUGAAAUGUGAUGUUGAUAUUAGGAAGGAUCUUUAUGGUAAUAUUGUCCUUAGUGGUGGCUCCACAAUGUUCCCAGGAAUAGCCGACAGAAUGAGCAAAGAGAUCACUGCAUUGGCUCCAAGCAGUAUGAAGAUAAAGGUGGUUGCUCCUCCUGAGAGGAAGUACAGUGUCUGGAUUGGAGGAUCCAUUUUGGCAUCUCUCAGUACAUUCCAGCAGAUGUGGAUAGCAAAGGCCGAAUACGAUGAGUCUGGGCCAUCCAUUGUCCACAGGAAGUGCUUCUGAUAGCAUUAUGCCGAGGAGAGAGAUGGAUGAACAGAUAUAUAUAUAUACAAUUUGUAUUAUGGGAGGGCUUCUGAUCAUGCGAUUGCGGGAAGUUGCUGCUUUUUUUUUUUUCUCUUUUUUUUGUGGGCAUUUUUGGGUUUUUGUUCUUUUCUCUGUAUUUGCCUUUUGAGGUGCUAAGAACAUGGGGACGAACAGAUGGUGGCACCUAAAAUUGGAUUCUUUUCAUUAAUUAUAUUAGUAGAUGAGGAUGUGUAUUUGUUACUUAUGGUUUGUUGAAUCAAGGGGGUUCAUUACAAUCAUUAA